AUGUUUCGUGAUGGAAGUAAUUUCUUUAACACUAUCGCUAACUUCAGUCUUACCAUUCGUAAUCGUAUUUUCACACGGCAAUUCAAAAUUGGCAUGAUAGUUCAAGUUUCUCGUAAAAAGAUUGCACUGACUAACGCGAUACAAACAGCUGAUAGCCAGGCUGCUGUAAUGAAUGUAUUCUUGAGAAAUCGGUGUUGUUUUGAUAAUGUGCAUUUAUCCAAAUCUUUCAAAAAAUUAGCUAAAUUGCCUAAUGAAGCUUUACUGAUAAAUAAUCCAAUUUUUAAGGAUAUGUGCAAACUCACAGAGACACGACUCCAAGUUAUGAGCACUAGAAGUAUCGAAGAGAUCACAUAUUCGAUUUUAAAUUUAGUAACUAGCUGCAGAGGAAAGUUGCCACUCGUGUACGGAAGCCUAUCCACAAUUGUUUUCGACACUGUUACUGAAAGAAUGAAGGAAUUUAAGUGUGCACAGUUAGCGUGUAUUUGUUAUUGCUUUCACCGAAUGAAUAACAGUAUCCUGAACGUUACCUUUCUAAACAAAGUAUCGGAUCACCUUCAAAACCAAGUGUUGGAAUGUACAAAAGUAUGGCCUAUCAUGCAUCUAUAUUUAGUUUAUUGUAGUAGAAGUGAAACAUACUCCAUAAAUGACAACUUAAAGAAAAGGCUUAUAUAUUUAAUACCUCAAUUUACAAUUUAUCAAACUGCAUUUAUUUUAUCGGCUAUAGCCAAGCUUGACUUUUGCAAUGACAACACUGACCGUCUCAUAGAAAGAUUUAUCCAUCACUCCAUACCGAUAUUGGAUAAAUGCAAUCUGCACGAUUUAUCAGACUUAACGUGGUCACUCGCAAAACUGGAAUAUCCUCGCAAAGAUGUUGUAGAAGCCUAUCUAGGCUAUGCUAUUAAAGGUUUAAGUAGCGGAACUGUAAACUCGAAGUAUUUCGCCAAAUUGGCAUGGUCAUUUGCAAAAUUAGGCAUUACUGAUCAUAAGAUAUAUGCUUUAAUUUCUAGACAAAUUCUUUCGAAUUAUAAUAGAGAUAUUCCAAUCCGACAUCUUAUUAAUACUGCAUGGGCAUUUGCUACUGGUGGUUUUUUAGAUCUAGUUUGUUAUGAUAACAUUAGUAAUAAGCUGUUUCGAAAAGCCGAUAAAAUGAAUGAACAGGAUAUAUCGAAUAUUACUUGGGCUUUCGCAUUAACUGGUUACAGAAAUGAAAAACUACAAAAUAAAGUUGCAGAUACAGUAAUAGGAUUAAUACAUCAUAUCAAUUCGAGCAACCUUUCUACAAUUACUUGGGGCUUUGCAAUCUUACGAUGUAGCAACUAUCAUUUAUUCGAUAUUAUUGCUGCCGAAACAAUUAAGAGAAUAAAAUCAACGAAUUCUAGCUUCAGUAGAUUUCAACCUGGCCAUUUACUUCUUUUAGUUUGGUCACUCAUUGUAGCGAACGUUUUUUCUCAAAUUUUAAUAAGAAUAGUUUUGCAUCCUAUUUUCGUUGAACAUUACCUGAAAGGAGCAAACAAACUACAGCAGUGUCAGUUAUAUCAAAUCCACAUGGCUGCAAAGUUGAAAGCCAUUGAAGUUGGAGGCGGUUUGAUUCCGAAUCAUUUAUAUCACCUCUAUGGUAAUCUGCUAUAUAACCAUGAUAAGAGGCAUACAUAUGUUGCAAUAGAAGCUGAUGGACCAAGCCAUUUUUCGUGCAACCAGCCUUACGUUAACCUAGGGCAAACUGUCUUGAAGCAAAGGCACCUUAAACAAAUGGGAUUUGCUUUCGCUCAGAUAGCAUAUCACGAAUGGAUGACGCUUAAUAACAAAGAUGAAAAGAUUUCUUAUUUAUUGGAAAAGAUUGAUGCUGCCCUGUAA